AUGGAAAGAGGGCUCGCGCCGGCAGUGGCAGGGAAUCCCUAUACUGCGCCUACCGCAGGUGAGAAAGUUGACAACUGGCGUGCAGUUCGCACCCAUUAUGCGUCCCUUAGAGACAGAGUUUCUGAUCAUUCUGUUCAGGCGCGGAACGAGUCGCGAAAUACGACCGAUGGGCAUCACUCAACCCGAACAGCCAAGUCGUCAAGAUCGUCUCGAGCAUCCUCACCGGAAUAUUCCCAAGAAUCGAUCAGUGGUGAGACAUCUUCCGUUUUGUCAUACAAUAGUAGGGCCAGGCCAUUCCGUAGCGAUGGGGUGGAUGACAUGUUCACAGUUUUCCGUGAAGUUUUUAAAGCCCAAACGGUGGCAAAUGUGUCCAAGUAUGACGGUAAAAAUUCACUGACGGAUUUCCUACGCGCAUUAGAGGUUAAAUUCCCUUCUGCCCUAUGGACUGACUCCGAUAAGCGAGAUAUCCUUGUAAAUCAUUUGGAGGGAGUAGCUCUUUCAAUUUACAAAGGAUUGCCACCCUUGAUUCGGGAGGGAACCUAUGAUGAUAUCGUCAGCGCCUUAAAAAUGGCCCGUAGAAACCCUUGCGAACGCUUAAAAAAUAUACGAGAUUGGGAACAACUCUCGAAAAGACCCAACGAAACGGUAGUUGAGUUUUGCUGUAGGAUGGAGGACUUGUCCCGAAGGAUACAUCCUAGCUCUGAAUGGGAUUUCAUACGAGGAUCCAAACUGUACUCCUGUUUGCAACAUUGGCAUAACUCGUACCAUAUGUUAGCUGCCCUUGACGCCUCUGAUGACGUCUACACAGAGGUUAGGCGAGUGGCCAUGCGGUUGGAAAAACUGCAGGCUGAUGAAAUUCCCUACUUCAGCAGGUACCGAGGUUUCCAGAAGGGAGUUGCGGAUCGGCAACCGAUAGAAUCUCAGAAAUUUACCGCACCAAAUGGCACUGAUGAUCCAACAGGGACCCGUGCACUUGCAAAGCCUAGUUCCAAUUGCUGUCAUUGCGGCAAGACAGGACAUGCUCCAGUGGAUUGUAGGAGACGGGAAAAACCCAGAAACCACAGUCAUAGGGAAAACGGACCGGGGGACGGAUCGAACAGAGCGCGACAAUUAGGCAGCUCACUUGUGACUGAGCUGGAUAGGUGGUGUAAGACGGUUCAAAGUACUGGAAAAGAAGUCGGACCGCACCCUAGCGCUGUGGGUAAGCCAAGUACUUGUGAAGUAGAAAUUUUUGGCGUUGCAGCAAAAGCACUGGUGGACACAGGAUCAGUAGUUUCGAUUGUCCCGGUAGGUCUCCUUAAGCAAGUGCGGGAGCGUGGCACAGAUCUGGACGCAAAAGCGUGCAUUGUAGGAAAUGGUAAACAGAGGAAACUCUAUGACGCUUCAGGAAAUGGGAAAUGCUAUGGGUUUUCUCUCAGAGAUAGUUACGGAGGUAACAGUGGUAGGAGCCGGCAAGGCUAG